UUGAACGGUCGAAUGCGAAACCUCUCAGUGCCUGAAAUUUCAAUCCAAUUCUAGUUGCCAUUGCUUUUGUUUUCAUGAUACUCACCAGUAUACAGUGUUUAUAUACGAGUAUAUUAUUAAAAAUUACCUGUAGUGUAAAGUUAAUAUUAAAUAUUUCUAAAUGCCGCCAAGUGCUUUAAGACAAGGUAGUAGAAUGUUAAUCAAACUACCUGACAAAGUUCACGAUGGAUAUUCGUAUUAUACAUACCGUUCAAAUGAUGAUAAAAACUACGUCAGAUGUCAUAGCCGUACAGUGAAUAAGUGUCCUGCCAUAGGGAAAUUAGUUGAUGGUGUACCAUUUCUUUCGAAAGACCAUAACCAUGCCAAAAAUCCACUGUUAUCGUGUCAGCAUCAGUUUCAAAAGGUUUUGUAUAAAGCUGCGACUGAUCGACCGUUUCAAUCAUUCAGAUUAGCCUAUGAUACUCAGUGUCUUCUGCAUUCUGAGGCUGCAGUAACAUUAACGUGGACUAAAAUGCAACAAGUUAUGCAGCGAUGGCGUUCACAAGUGACUCCACAGCACCCUGAGCAGCCGAGAAAUUUGAUUGAUUAUGGGAGAUUACUGCAACAGCCCGAAUGGCAACAUUUAAUCUGUUACAACAAUGGUAGAUUAAGGGUGCAAACUGUUCAGGCUGCUGAUACAUCAUCUAUUACUAUUAUCGGCGAUCCAAAUUUUUUGACAUUAAUAAAUCCAAAGAGCUUGUUUAUGGACGCAACUUACAAAAUAAAACCAAAAAAACCGAAAAUUUUUCAAAUUUUCAUGAUCACGGGAUUAGUAUAUGAUACGGCUGUACCGGUAUGCUGCAUGAUCAUGACUGCUAAGUCCACAUCAGCUUAUACAGCAGGAUUAACGCACUUCAAGGGAGAAUUUGCUUCGCACUUUCAACCUGAUGUAAUCAUGACUGAUUUUGAAACCUCGUUACCAAAUUCUAUUCGCUCAGUGUAUCCGCAAGCUAAACAUGUCGGCUGCUUUUUUCAUUACUGCCAAGCAGUGAUGAAAAAAUUUAAAGAAUUCAAAUUAUUGGAACUAAGUAAGCAGUGGUUGCCAGGACAAAUUAUUAUGCGAAAAGUGAUGGCUCUUGCUUUAUUGCCUCAUCAUGAAAUAAUUCCAGCGUUUCAUUGGUUACAAGCGAACUUACCCGUUGAUAUUCGCCAAAUAUUUACACCGUUUCUCAGAUAUUUUAGACGUCAAUGGAUAAAUCGAGUACCUCCAAGUAGAUACAGCGUACUUAAUGAAAAAAAUCGGACUAAUAACUUUUCGGAAUCAAACAACCGUCGGAAUAAACAGCGAUUUGGAAUUCAUCCGAAUAUAUGGACAUUUACAGAAAAACUGCGAGAUUUACAAGCUGUAACUCACAUAGAGAUCUUGUCAUUGUUUCGCGGUGAAACAAUUGUACGAGAUUCUCGUAGUAACACUGUAAAAAGAGACCAGGACAUUAAAAACGCUUGGCUUUUAUAUGAACAAGGUCUAUUAAAUAUGCCAAAUUUUCUAGCUUAUGCUAGUUUGUUUUUGAAGCCGACUUAUUUGGAAAUUGAAAUCGAGCAUAUGGAUCUCAGAAGAGACGAUGAGGAAGACAUUAUCAUGUUUGGAGAAAUGGUCCUACAGCCAGCUGAAUACUACCUUGCAAUGGAUGUCUUCCAAGAAAUAGAUAUUCAGUUUGAAUAGCGGUGCACCCAUAAUUUUAAAUAGUAAAAAAUAUUUGUUUUGUGCU